AAGCCACCCGCAGAGGGUUUGGCAGCAGGUGCACCACGCCAGCUCCCUUUUGGGGGGCGGGGCGGGGGCUGCCAUGGCCCCCAGCCACUUGUCGGUGCGAGAGAUGAGGGAAGAUGAGAAGCCUCUGGUGCUAGAGAUGUUGAAGGCUGGCGUGAAGGACACGGACAACCGUGUGGCCCUCCAUGCUCUGACACGGCCGCCAGCCCUGCUUCUCCUGGCAGCAGCCAGCAGUGGCUUGCGCUUCAUUCUGGCCUCCUUCGCCCUGGCCCUCCUCCUGCCUGUGUUCCUGGCCGUGGUGGCUGUGAAGCUGGGCCUGCGGGCCCGGUGGGGCUCUCUGCCGCCACCAGGUGGCCUGGGGGGCCCCUGGGUAGCUGUGCUUGGCUCUGGUGAUGUGUGUGGGGUCCUGGCUUUGGCCCCUGGGACGAACAUGGGAGAGGGGGUCCGGGUCACUCGCCUGUCAGUCUCUCGCUGGCACCGCCGCAGGGGCGUGGGCAGGAGGCUGCUGGCCUUUGCGGAGUCCCAGGCUCGAGCCUGGGCUGGGGGGAUGGGUGAGCCCCGGGCCCGGCUUGUGGUCCCAGUGGCUGUGGCCGCUUGGGGGGUGGCAGGGAUGCUGGAGGGCUGUGGUUACCAAGCUGAGGGAGGCUGGGGUUGCAUGGGCUACAUGUUGGUGAGAGAGUUCAGCAAAGACCUAUGAGUGAGCAGUGGGACCACUGAGCUAGGAAAAGGUGUGUCCUUUUCCCCACAGCCCUCUGGAAGGGAAGCCAGCUUCUGAUGAGCAGGCAGCAUGCCAGGCACUCUCACAGCCCCCCUUGUGGUCAAUCCCCAGCCCAGCUAUGGCCCAGAACUGAGACCUACAGAGGGCAGGAACCUGGUCUCUGUCCUUCCGAAGUGUGCAGUCUGUAGUGUUUGAACUUCUGCAAAGUGGAUUGAAUCCCUUUUCCCUUCAUGGCUGUUGGGGGCCCACCAGAUGUCAGCCUGCCCAGUACCCUACCUCACAUUCUUCCUGCACUGAGAAACCCCCUGUCUGUCUGCAGGGGCUGUGCUGUCUGUGCAUCAGGCCUGGGAGAGGAUUUGGGGAGAGCAAAGAGGCUGAGUUAGGACUUGCACAGGGGGAUCCCUAAGAGGACACAGCCUCCUUGGGACUGGAGCAGGUUGGAUGCUUGUCCUUGGAGGGGUCUAGGUUGACCACAUAAAGACAGCUAGGGGGUGGGCUACUGGGCCUGGGCCUCUCUGGGAGGGUUGGGAGCAGAGAGGGGCAGCCCUGUCCCUCUCUGCACAUCUGUCUGGAUUUUUACACUGUUAA